AUGAAUAAGAUACCUAUCGAUACCUUACUGAAUCCUACCAAUUCAGAGAACAUUAAAGAACAAUUACAAAACCUCAACAAAGAACUCCUUUCUAUGUGUUCUCGUUUACCAUCUGCUAAAAGUAUGGAAGAAACUCAACUUUCAGAAAUAUUAAAAUUUUUGACAAAAACAAUCAAACACGAACCCCUUGGAAAAGAGGAAACCGAACUCGUCACCACAACCGUCCAGCUGUCCACCGUCUUGUCCAGCCUCGUGAAGGAGGCCAGGCAGCUCCACCGCCUCCACCACUCUCAAUCCACCCACAACCCACGCGUCUUCAACGUCCUCACCCAGCACAUGAUGUCCAACUCCAACUCAACCUCCACCUCCCCCCACUCCAACUCACUCCCAAACUCACCCUCCACAAAAAAAUCAACCACACCCCUAACAAAUCCCUCACCACCCUACUACUACUCCUCCUCCUCCCCCAAAUCCCUCUCCCCACCCCUACAGCACACUCCCAGCCAUCGUGGCCACCGCCUCCCAAAACAUACCCUCAUCCCCCUCGAAAAAUGGUUCCUCCACAACAAAUCACACCCUUACCUACACAACUCUGACCUCCAAGCCCUCACAACACAAUCCUCUCUCUCCAAAACACAAGUCAAAAACUGGAUCUCCAACCGCCGUCGCAAAGAACGCCACUCCCUCAAAAUAUCAAACAAUAUCGCUUCCCUUCUACAGAAUGAUACCAACAAUCACUCCCAAAAUCACAAAAAAAAUCCCCCUCUUUCUUCUCCAUUAUCUUAA